UUUUUAAAAUUAUUUUAGCUGCACUUUACUUUUUUUACCUUUUUUCCCAUUUCUUUUGUGCAUCCCGAAAUUUAAAUUUAUUCUCGUCCAUACACAUAAAUUGUAUAUAUUCUAUUUUUUAUUACAUAGAUUUUUUUGUCAUUUCUUUUUUAAAAUAUUCAUUAAAUUAUAUUUUAUUUAGGCAUCAAAUCUUUCCCUAUAAAUCGAAAAGGACUUAAUUUUAAUCUAGGGUUGCACCCCGAAUGCUCGGAGGAUAUGUUGGGGUGUUGAGUUCGUACUUGUAGAAAGAAUAUAAAUGAAGAUAAAUAACCCAUCGUCGGGUGAUGGUGGCAAGUCGGUUGUGAGUCGGUUUGGGCCCUUUCCAUGAUGGUUGAAUUCCACACAUCCAAUGAAUUUUUCCACAGCAUGAACACUAUAAUAACAUUAUACGGGGUACGGGGUUUUCGAAUUGUUUCGGGGCGGGGAAAUUUUGAAAAAAUCUUUCCGGAAUGGGGAAGGUGGAAGUGGUUAGGGUGCAACUCUAUUUUAAUCAAAGAAAACUCUGAAAACCAAAGUAAGCGGUUCCACCGGACAUCCUCGGAAAUCCAACUCUAAACAGAACAUCCUAAUUUCUCUUUCAAAAUCUUCAAGAUUAAGACAAUUUUAUUUAUCUCAAUUUAAAAUUUU